GCAGUUGGGUCAUAUGCACUGUUAACAACAACAACAACAAAUCGCUCUUGUGAUGUGUCUGCAACCAACUUUGUGUAGUCUUUAUCACUGACACUCCUAAUUGCAGAAUAAUAUUAAUUAAUGCAUUGAUUGUGUCAAAUUGCCGAGUUACUACACAACUACAUUCAGUGUUAUAUACAUACGUAUAAAAAAAAUAUAUAUCUAUAUAUAUUUAAAAAAGAAUUAGAAGAAGCAGUGGAAGCUGUGUGAAGACGUUGGUCAGGAAUGUUCCAGGUUUUCAUGAGAGAUCUGUGAGCUUUUCUAAUCGUUUUGCCAACAUGAGUACCGAACUAUACAAGAAAGAAAAGUCUCUGAAAUCUAAGCACAGUGCUUCUUUACUUAGUAAUAACUUGACCGUACAAGUGCUUCUGUCCGAAAGUUCUGUUCGUUAUGGAAUCGUACACAAAACUCUGGUUGACAUCGUGACAGCUUCUCUUGACGGCUCCAUGGUAACGAGCAAGCAAAUUUAUUUCAAGGAUCCAUCGGUGCCAGGUAGCUCUAUGCAGACUGUCAUGCAGGCCAAAUGGGUAACAUUAGGUAUCCAGAGAACUAUUUUGGUGAUUACUGCACAAAGAGGUAUUCAGUUCUUUGAACCUGAUGGAACUUUAUUGUUUUGGCAUAACUUAACUGCAGAUGAAAGUGAAUGUACAAGCAUGUACAUGAGAGGUAUUGCUGCUGUUGGCUCAAAUUUUGUAUGUGUAGGUUCACAUACAGGAGAAAUUCUGUACUUCAAAGUUCCUCUGAAGGGAAAGACAAUCACUUAUUCAGGAAAAAUAUCAGAACACAAGGCUGGCAUUUGUUGUUUGACUGCAGCAGAUAAUCUUAUGGCUAGUUGUGAUAUGGAGGGAAACAUUUUCUUAUGGAAGCUGUCGACUAAUGAUGUUUUUGUGCCUAUGUUUAGAAUCCCAGGUUACAGGAGUCCUUGUAGUACUAUUGCAAUAUGGAAUGAGUGCAUAGUUGGCGGCUAUGGCUCGGGGCACCUGAGGGUUUUCUGUGCCAAAACUGGAGCACUUGCUGCUGAAGUAGCUGCUCAUACUCGCUGGAUCAAUGCUGUUGACAUUGCACCAAAAACUGGCUUGGUAUUAUCUGCUGGAGAAGAUUCAUUUGUGAGGUUGUGGUAUUUGAGUAAAGAUCCAUUCCCACAGAUUUCUGUUGCUGGAAGCCAGUACCAUGUUGACAGUCAAAUAGUUGGAAGUUGUUUCGUCCAAGAUGAAGGGAAAGUCAUAGCUUGUACAGCUUAUGAUAAAAACGAAAUUCUGUUCCUAGUCUCUUCUUAGUCUUCAUUGAGAAUACCAUAUGAAGUUUAGUAAUUUUUGUCAAAUUUGAUAACUGUUGGCAAUUUCUUAGACUCACUAGGAAAUGAUCAAUUCUUUUUUUUUUUUUGAACAGUUAUGUAUAAUUUCAAAGAAGGUCAAAAUUUGAACCAAACUAUUAACUGUAAUUUGUCAUUAUUUGGAGUAAUUAUUACACAAUGUUAUCAUAGUUUGCUGGAAAUAGUUCUUGCUAGAUGUUAUAACUCUUGACAAUAGCAAAUUAAUGUCGAGUACGUAAACAUCCCAUAUACAAUGAUUGCAUUAACUCUGGGUUUCUUUAUUUUUUUAGUUAUUUGUUGUUUUUUGCUGCUGUUUUCCAUGGUUUUUUUUUUUACAAUUUUUUUUUUUAAUUGUGGAAAUUUAUUUGGUGCACACAUGACACAGCAAAAUGAAUGAGAUUUCAGAAGAUUUCAGAAAAUAUGAGCAAAAAACUAAGUUAAAAUGUUUGAAUUCAUUACAGUUCAUAUGUUAGAAAAAUAUCUAAGAUAAUAUUUUACUAGAGUUAAUGAGUUAAUUGAUCGUUUUAAGAUAUUGAAACAAACCAAAUUUUAAGUUUCAAGAUAAUCCAUUUAAAUCUCAAUUUAAUCUCCUCCGAGACGGGAGAGAAAUUUGUUUGUAAUUCUGUUUUUUACAAUCUGAUCUGUUGUUUCUAAAUAUUUGUUAAUUGCAUAAUUCAUUAUAGAGUUCAGUGUUGAGUUUAAUUACUAUUCAUGCUGAUUAAAACAAUUGAAUACCAUUGAUGAAAACUUUAAUCAUCAUCAGUUAUACUGCUGCUUAGAUUCUCUGGGGAGGGUUUUUGUUACAUAUCACGAAGAACUUAAUCUCUUAGACUCAGUUUUGAAACAAAAAAAAAAAAACAGAAAAGAAAAGAAAAUAUAUCCGUCCAACUUGUGUAACAUGAAUCUUUAUUUUGAUGUUAUUUUUUUAUUUCUUUUUCCGUCCAUUGUAUCUCCGACAGCUGAUAGAAAGGACAUCCUUCAACUUGUUUGUAUUUACUUUUUGAUAAAAAAAAAUUCUUUCUUUUAUUCUUUUUUACUGGUUUCAAUCAUAAGACUGCGACCAUCCUGGGGGACUGCCUUUUAAGGGUUCUCAGUCGAUCAUAUCAACCCCAGUACCCAUUUCAGUCUGGUAUUUGUUUCAUUACCUUUUGAUGUAAAGAGGUGCAGCUUGAUGUAAAGAGAUGCAACUUGAUGCAUCCUGAAGAGAACAUGAUUGUUUGUUUUUUUUUUAAAUACUGUUCAGUUUGAUCUCAAUGUGUUUUUUUUUUUUUUUUUUUUGAUGUAAAAAUUAUUUCAAUAUAUUACUUUCAUCCUGAAAAAUUACUUUAAACUUUGUUGAAUAUCCGGGGAGCUUUGAAUUUACAUUGUUAAACAAAUAUAGACAUGGUUUUCUUUGAAGUAGGUUUUUUUUUUCUUUUUUAUGGUUAGGCUGGUUUUUCUAGAUUUACCAUAAAAUUCUAACUGAAUUAUGGCACACAAAUGAUAGAGGAAUUAUCUUAAUUUUUCAGCAUUUGGAUUUACUCUGUCAAAUAUGAUGCCAAUUUAUUCACAUUGUUUUCAAUUGAUCAUCCAUUAUCUCAUAGCUUUGAGAUUUUGAUGAUGUGGUUGCAUUUUUUUAGAAUGAUAUUGUAGGGUAGGUGGGAGAGGCUGGAUAUGGCCAGUUUGGACGCUAAAGGGUUAGACAAUCACCAUCCACGUCAUUACAGCAUGUAGAAGUUUUAUCCUAAAGUUUCAACACUCAACAUAUUCUGUCUUUUAUAAAAUAUAACUUUGUAAUGCUUCAUCUUGCAAUAACAGGCAGUUCUGAGUAAUGGCUUGGAUUAAAGUAUCUCUUUGUAUGUAGCUCCAAAAACAAGAAAAGCCCCAACAAAUAUACUCAGACAAGGAAUAAACAAACUAGUGCUAAACACACAAAAAA